AACUUUUCUUCUCUGUAUGUCCCUAAACCGCACCCUCUCCUUUAAGGCAAAGACGCACAGACCAAUCCAAGUUCAACUUUAAGUCCCCGCUCAUUGUUUUAAGGGGAUUAAUUCUGAUGAGUCAAACCUUAAAACUAAGUUACUUUCUCCUCACAACUAAUUGGUAGACACACAGAGAAAAACUUCCGACGAAUCUGUCCACAUGGCCUCUUUGGUUCCGACCGUGAGCAAGACCGAUGACGGAAGCAGCGACCCUCUGACGUCUCCUGCUGCUGAUAAAACUCAUGUCCCCCCCUCCUGCAAGCGAGAAGCACCCAGGUGUAUAAAGCGGGAGCAGAACUGUAGGAGAACAGGAACAGGCAGAUAGAAGUAGACUGGAUCAGCAGUGUGGAGCUGCAAUCAGUUGCUCAGGAUCAGGAGAAGAAGACCCGAAAAACACAACCUUCCGCAGAGCAAAUGUGUAAAGCAAUGGUACAACGGACCGGCCCCCACCUGCUUCUCCUAAUAGCCCUGUGCAGUGUGUUAUACUCCCAAACUCUGAGCCUACCGUACACAUCCAUGAGACCGACGAGACAUGCAGACGGUUUGUUCACCAGCGGAUAUAGCAAACUCCUGGGGCAGCUGUCAGCGCGGAGGUACCUGGAGUCUCUGAUCGGGAAGCGCGUCAGUGAUGACCUGAUGGAGGAGCCGGUGAAGCGCCACUCAGACGCCAUUUUCACAGACAACUACAGCCGCUUCCGGAAGCAGAUGGCAGUCAAGAAGUACCUGAACUCUGUCCUAACGGGAAAGAGAAGCCUAGAAGAUCCUGGAACCAGUGAACCGGAGGAGUCCAGGGAUGAGCCCAACACUUUCCAGGAGAGCUACGAUGACAUGAACGUAGACCACCUCCUAAACAACUUUCAGCUGCCACUCUGAGGAGGGGUCCACUCUGGAACGAAUACCUCAACUCAUCCUAUUAAAAAUGCUAAUUGCAAAAAUAAAUAAAUAAAUACAGUUUUAAAAAAAUGCACACACAUAGUAUUUAAUGCAAAGGACAUUCUGAAGGGGAUUAAUCUACAAUGAUAUGUUUUUCAGUGUGGUUAUUUAUCUAUCAUCUACACAGUACAUGUUUACACUGUAUAUACACCGUAUGUAUUCAGGCCAUGGUGAUAGCUAAAGAUGCUGUAGACUGCACUGAGCAACAUGUGUGUCUGCUGUCAGGGUUGGUUGGUCAGAAAUGCUGAGGUGGGAAAAGGAAUGGGUCCAUUUACAUCCAAUUAAAUGGAGUUUUUUUUUUGUUUGUUUGGGGGUUUUUUUGGACUGAAUAUGAAUGUCCUGAUUUUCAUCUGUGCAAAGUUAAAGGGAAGUCGGGUCUUAAAGGAUUCUCACUGGUUCACAUGAUGCUCAGUUGAAGGGUCCAUCUGAUUUUUUUUUUUUUCAAUCCCCAUAAGCUUUUAUUUCCACUUUGAAUACAUUCUAAAAGGCAUGAUUUACCAUUCUCUUGAACUUGUGCUUCCCGUUUUUCUCAACAUGUCUGAAAGAAGGUUGUUAAAUGUAGGAGUCCAUACAAAUGCAGAUGACCAACAUAUUUUUCCUCCUGAUUUCAGCCCACUGAUAGCUAGUGGAGCUUAACAGGCCAACCUUAAAGCAAAAGUGCAUUGACUAAACAGUAUCAAAUGCUUAUCAAAUUGACUUUGAAUGUAAAUUCUUGACCCAACUAAAUAUUUGGUUUAAAAGGUAUAGUUCACUUGACAUAUUUUUGAAAGUUAUGAAAUAGAUUUUGCAUAUGGCAUCUGUUCAACAAAACUCUAUCAUUGGAAAACGUGGAUUUAUAUUGAUUUAAAAAUUUAAUCUACAAGCCAAACUCUAACUUUCAGUAAGAUCUUCCAGUCUGUUGACUGAAAAAGGACCUCCAAUGAGUUUUAGAAAAAUAUCUAUAUUGAAAUGUUUAGGGUUAAAUACAAAACUUGGCAAUUGUACUAUAGAAUGAAAAAUUGUUAUAAAUUUUAACCAUCUUUUCAAUUCAUACCUGAUGGUGUAUUUGCUAAGCAUUUUCAGAGAUUGUGUAUGUGAUCUUUGGGUUAUUGAAAAAGGAGACUAGAAGGCAAAAGGAGUAAACACUGAAAGGACACAGAUGCAUUUAAUCACUUUAUACUAUUCAACAUGUAGAGCAAAGAGGUUUUCAUUGUGCAUAGAACUGCCUUCAGUGGCACAUAUAGUGAUGUGGACACAACUGACCAAAUAAAAGAUGUUGGUUUAUUUUUCAAAGCUGA